AAUAGUGAAAUGAGCGGCAGUUUUGUUCCAAUAAAUGUACCGGAGUGGGACGUAGACAAAACGAAAUUAUUCCUGACUCUGUACAAUAGCAGGAAACACGAGUUUCGAGACCCAUGUAUAAAGAAAAGGGACUUGUGGCAGGAAAUAAUCAGCGUGAUGGAGAAGGAGUGUGACAUGCAUGGCUUGGACCCUAUCAAGGCGGACAGAAAGUUUCGCAAUUUAAAGCAAAAAUACGAUAAUUUAAUGGAUCAUGCCAAGAAAUACGGUACCACCAAAACAUCCUGGACCUACUUUAGAGAGAUGCAACAAAUUUAUUGCGACUCACCGUCGGUAGCUCCAUACCACUCUGUAUCUUCGUAUCCCAGUUUCGAGGAAAACGAUCCGAAGCAAGAAACAAACAUGCAGGGACUAAAUGUAGAAUGUAUAAUUAAAGAGGAGCAGUCGCGAAGCAGUUUCUGUUCGGACAGUGCUUCGUCAUCAAUACUUUCCGUGGGCAACAAUAUUUCAGCAUUACCGCCUGAGAAAAAACGCAAGAUGGAAGAGCACAGGCAACCCUCUAUGCAGGAAGAAGAAAAUUUGGAUCCAGACGAGCGUCGGUUAGAGGUCCUUAGUGGGAUUCGAGAUGCGCUCGAGAGGGCUAAUGAUAUACAGGCCGAAAGGAAUGAACUUUUAAAAGAGUAUAUUGCGAUUCAAUCCAGAAAUAACUAAAAUAUACAUAUUUUCUAUACGAUUUAAUAUUAGGAACACGUUUUCGUUGCUCGUAGGCAUCCUCUGCGCAUAUUUGAUUGUCAACAAAGUUAUUGGGCGGCAUAAAAAUUUUGGAUACCGCCUCUUCAUCGAUGUCAUCUUCUUCAGCCGUAUCCUCGUUGAUU